GGCAAAUUGUUGGUCCCUUCCUCGCUGCCUUCCGACCCGCGGGUCUUUGCGUCCCGGCUUCGGCGCUCCCUUGAGUCCUGGUCGGUGGCAGGCACCCGCGGCGUGUGGCUCAAACUGGGCCUCAGUCAGAGCUCCCUGAUUCCCGAGGCAGUGGAACAGGGCUUUGAAUUCCACCAUGCAGAGAGGGACUACGUGAUGAUGACCCGCUGGCUGCCAGCCUCCCUGUCCUCCACACUGCCACCGAAUGCCUCCCACCAGGUCGGUGUGGGCGCCUUCGUGGUCAACUCCCGGGGUGAGGUGCUGGUGGUCAUGGAGCGACAUGGAGUGCUGCGAGGCCGCGGCGUGUGGAAGAUGCCCACCGGCUUGGUGGCGGCGGGGGAGGACCUCACGGACGCGGCGGAGAGGGAGCUGUUGGAGGAGACGGGCAUCAUUGCGCGCACGGAGGCGGUGUUGGCUGUCCGGCAGGCUCAUGGAUUUGCAUUUGGCAAGAGCGACCUGUUUGUUGUUGUUGGCAUGCGGCCAUAUGGCACUUUGUACGACGGUCCCGUUCAGGAAUCGGAGCUGGUGGACGCCCGAUGGAUUCCCAUGCGAGAGUACACGGAGCAGGCAUUCUUUGCUGGGAUGCCCCUUUACAGCAAGAUGCUUGAG